CGAAUUAAGUGGUCAAUCUGUCAAAUCUUUCGAUGAUUCUAAUAUUCCUAAGAGCUUGAUGACUAAUCUGUUUAUUUACCUAGUCAAAGUAUAUCACAGAAUUUACGUUAUAAUAAUAUAAUUAAAUAUCUAUCAACUUUGAAAUUGAAAUGAAUACCAAAUUUUCUGUUGAAUUUAUGGCUGGACGUUCAAGAUUACAACUAACGGGUAACAAAUAACAAUCAUAAAAUUUUUUACCACGUUUAUUGUAACUUAAAAUAUUAAAUUCCGCAUACGACUAGAACGAUUUAGUAUAUUAUUAUAUUUUGCUCGUCAAUAUCAGUCUACAUACUGAUGUAUUGCGACACCUUAGUUGAAAUUAUGCACUCAGUGAUAAUAACUUCAUAAUGUCAAAUUUGAAACUGGAACUCGAUGAGUAUCUUAACAAAGGCCAAAAAAAUAAAUCCCAUAAUGGGCACCACGUACACAUUCCAAAAGUGUUUAAGAAACUGCUCAACAGUGAAUCGGGCGAACAGACAGAAAACCUAUUGGACUCGACACAGACGACUUAUUUUAAUUUUCCGCAGAUGAGUAAAACCCAAAGAAUAUUGGGAUUUGUGGUUUGCGUAUCAAUUAGCUGUUUAAUGUUCUCUCUUUCUGCAUUAUACUUGCCCGUACUUCUAAUAAAAGCUAGGAAGUUUGCAAUUUUAUAUGCUUCUGGAAGCAUAUUUGCUUUUGCCAGUGUAUCAUUUUUGAUGGGUCCAUCGAAUCACUACAAGUAUGUUACAUCAAAAGAAAAGCUUCCUUUCAUGUUUGGCUACAUUAYGACUCUUUUGAGUACUUUGUAUUUUUCAUUGUGGAUGAAAAAUACCCCAUUUACAUUACUAUCAUUGACUGUUCAUUUGAUACUUAUUCUUUGGUUUUUAUUAAACUCCAUACCAUUUGGUCAAAAAGGUUUAUCAUUUUUUGGACGUUUAUGUUCAUCUAUAGUGAAAAAUAAAGUGUCAAAUUCAUUACCUGUUUAAAAAACUACCUAUUAUUACUAUUCAUUGUUAUUAUUGUGAUUUUGUUUGUAUUUAUGUACUGUU